UUUCCCCGGCGCACCCCGCCGGCGACCGGCACCGCAGCUCGCGCAUGCCCGCCAGACGGCGGAUCCACUAACUGGUAGCAAGAAUCUGCUCCUUUUCUGAUCGAUUUCCCCGCCUAUUGGGCUGGUCACCGUCUCCCUCUGAAACCCUAGCCACACGGCCAUGGGUUCCAGUCCUGCUGCGCGUUCCAAUCCCAGCAGGACCGGAAAGCGGGGGGAUGCCGUGGGCGGUGGCAAUCCACCAAGCAGAUCUGCCAAGAAGUCCUCUGCUCUUCUCCCGAAGGGCUGGAGCGGGACGGCGUCGUACAGAUGUUCCCCGCACCUCAUCCCGCAGAUUGUGGGGCUUCUCAGCGAGGAGCAGAAGGGCUUCGUCAGAAAAAUCGGGUUUGGGAGCCUGCUGUCCAUGGCAGACUUCGAGAUUAACAAGGCCCUUACCUUGUGGCUGGUUGGCAGGUUCAGUUGUGAGACCGAGGCGCUCGAGUUUGAAGGCGGCGUGUCGAUUCCGGUCAGGCCGCUCGUCAAGUCUAUCCUUGGGAUCCCUUCAGGCCCCAUCCCAGUCGUGCAGUCUCCCUACAGUCACUUCUCUUCUACUAAAGUGAGGAAGGCAAAGGAACUGGCCGAAGAAAUGUGUGGCAUAACCGAGGAGGAACCCUUCUGUACAGCCUUCAUGAUGGUGAUACUCGCGAUUUAUCUAGCGCCAAAUACAACCAUGCUUGUCAACCGGUCCUUGCUCGGAGCUGCUCAGAAGGUUGGUAACCUCAAACAGAUGGACUGGUGCGGUUUCGUUGCUGACUAUCUCCUCAAAGGACUCAUGGAGUUCAAGGAAUCCGAUGCACCCUUUGUUCUUCUCAAGGGCUGUGUGCACAUUCUGAGCGUCAUUUUCAUUGAUCAUGUGAAACAUGCUGAAUUCCAAGUACCAAACGGCUUUCCACGCUUGCGCGUUGUCAGUACAGCGCAUAACAAAUGGGCAGCUUCGCAUCCCUUUGGUAGCUUGCUGAUACGUCGUCUAGAAGAGUCUGUCUAUGCUCCUGUGCUUAAUAAUGGAAAUGGUAACAUUGUUGAAGGCAGAGAAUGUGCUGAUUCUGAUACAAAUACUGAUGCUCUAGCCAAUCUGCCUGCUACCGACAAUGAUCAAAAUAACCAGCAUCCGGUUUCAGCAGGUCCUGCCAGCUUGUCCAUUGUUGUAGCAUUAGAGACAUCAGCUCAAUCUGCAGGUACAAACCAUCUUCACGGGGCCAUGGGUUCCAAUCCUGCUGCGCAUGCUAAUCCCAGCAGUAACGGAAAGCAGGGGAGUGCCAUGGAUGGUGGUAGUCCACCAAGUAGAUCUGCCAAGAGGCCCCGGAAGAGCGGGAGCGCGGUGUACAGAUGUUCCCCUCGCCUCAUUCCGCAGAUUGUGGAGCUUCUCAAUGAGGAGCAGAAGGGCUUCGUCAGAAAAAUCGGGUUUGGGAGCCUGCUGUCCAUGGCGGAUUUCGAGAUGAACAAGGCCCUUACCCUCUGGUUGGUUGGUAAGUUCAGUUGUGACACCAAUGCGCUUGAGUUUGGAGGCGGCUUAUCGAUUCCGGUGAGGCCACUCGUCAAGUCUGUCCUUGGGAUCCCUUCGGGCCCCAUCCAAGUCGUGCAGGGUCUCCAUGUUGACUAUGGUCUCUUCAGUCAGUACUGCUCUGUUAAAUUCAAGAACGCCAGGAAAUUGGCCGAGGAAAUGUGCAGCAUAACCGAGGAGGAACCCUUCUGUAUAGCCUUCAUGAUGACGAUACUCGCGAUUUAUCUAGCACCAAAUACAACCGUGCUUGUCAACAGGUCCUUUCUUGGAGCUGCUCAACAGGUCAGUAGCCUCAAACAGAUGGAUUGGUGUGGUUUCGUUGCUGACUAUCUUUUCAAAGGAAUCAGGGAGUUCAAGGAAUCAGAUGCACCCUUUGGUUGUCUAAAGGGCUGUGUGCACAUUCUGAGCGUCAUUUUCAUUGAUCUUGUGAAACAUGCUGCAUUCGAAGUACCAAACGGCUUUCCACGCUUGGGCUUUGUCACUACAGAGCAUAACAAAUGGGUAGCUUCACAUCCCUUUGGUAGCUUGCUGGUACGUCGUCUAGAAGAGUCUGUCUAUGCUCCUGUGCUUAGUAAUGGAAAUGGUAACAUUGUUGAAGGCGGAGAAUGUGCUCAUUCUGAUACAGAUACUGAUGCUCUGUCCAAUCAGUCUGCUACCGACAAUGAUCAAAAUAACCAGCAUCCGGUUUCACCAGGUCCUGGCAGCUUGCUCAUUGUUACAGGGUUAGAGACAUCAGCUCGAUCUGCAGAACACAUUAUUUUUCCAAGAAGUGGCGAGCAAUUGCAGUCUGCUGGGCCUUCUUCUGAACCGUAUUCUGCACAAAUUCCAAACGGGCUGGAGGUUCUUGCGGCUGCUGCCGAGAGCAGGAACAGGGAUUCACCGUCGAUGAUGGAGAAGCAUGAUCGGAGCGCCAAAAGGGCAAGGGUGGAGCCGCCCAAUAGUGGGCAAAUGGUGCGAGCUGGAGAAGCCACCAUAAGGAUGGACAUGAGUUUGUUUAGUUGCCGCGUCUGCUCCCACCCCGUCAAGCCCCCUGUCUUCCAGUGCAAUGUCGGGCAUUUAGCUUGCGGCAGAUGCCUUGCGGAGCUCCCCGACGAACAGUGCCAGAUGUGUGAGCACGGCGGGGGGUUU